ACUCAGCCAUUGCAGCUGACUAUAGCGGCAGCAUCUCUCUAAUUAAGCUAGUGCUUUUCUUUGCCUUGAGGCCUUUUCACCUUGCUGAAAUGGAGAGAUCAUACACAUCAGCGGUGCCGUUGAUCGAGGCCGACGCGAUGGCGCAGUUUCUUGGAGCUCAUGGUGAUCACUGCUUCACCUACGAGCAAAUGGAUGAGUCCAUGGAGGCAAUGGCAGCGAUGUUCUUGCCUGGCCUUGACACCGACUCCAAUUCUUCUUCUGGUUGUCUCAACUACGAUGUGCCUCCACAAUGCUGGCCUCAGCAUGGCCAUAGCUCUAGCGUCACCAGCUUCCCUGAUCCAGCUCAUAGCUAUGGAAGCUUUGAGUUCCCGGUCAUGGAUCCGUUCCCGAUCGCCGAUCUCGACGCGCAUUGCGCCAUCCCCUACCUUACUGAGGAUCUGAUCAGCCCUCCACAUGGCAACCAUCCAUCAGCAAGAGUGGAAGAAGCUACAAAGGUUGUUACACCAGUGGCUACCAAGAGGAAGUCUAGUGCUGCCAUGACGGCAUCAAAGAAGAGCAAGAAGGCUGGCAAAAAAGAUCCUAUUGGCAGCGACGAAGGCGGCAACACCUACAUUGAUACGCAAAGUUCUAGCAGUUGCACCUCAGAGGAAGGAAACCUGGAGGGCAACGCGAAGCCGAGCUCGAAGAAGAUGGGUACUAGGGCCAACCGUGGGGCGGCAACCGAUCCCCAGAGUCUCUAUGCAAGGAAGAGGAGAGAGAGGAUCAAUGAAAGAUUGAGGAUCCUGCAGAACUUGGUUCCCAAUGGAACAAAGGUUGACAUCAGUACAAUGCUGGAGGAAGCAGUGCAGUAUGUCAAAUUUUUGCAACUUCAGAUUAAGUUGCUAAGCUCUGAUGACACGUGGAUGUAUGCACCAAUCGCUUACAAUGGAGUCAACAUCAGCAAUAUUGAUCUGAACAUCUCUUCUCUGCAAAAAUAAUAUCGCCUCGGAUAUACAGAGCUAACAUUGAAUUGCAUAGAGAUUAAUUGAUUCUGGCCCAUAUAGUCCCAAAUAUCAUACAUGUAAUGUAACUUUAUUCAUUUUUCUUCCUACUACUUGGCAUUUACCAUAAAGCCAUAAGAAGAAGUAAUCAUGAUCAUGUUAAUGAUCAAAGAUCAAGUGAUAUGAUUGACUUCCAUUUGAGAUGAGUA